UCUCUCUCUCUCUUUCUUUCUUUCUCUGUCUGUCUCUCUCUCACACUAUCUAUCUAUAUCUCAGGCAGUGAGUCGGGGCCACAGCUCCCAUGCGCUCCCCAGCCUCUCUAAAACCUCUUUCUUCUGGAUACAUGGAGACAACCUGAACCUCUGAGGUUUUUGGGUGAAACAACCGCUUUCGUGAUAUUUAUACAGAUAUUUUGAAGACAACAAGAAGAAAACAACCAAAAACAAUCAGACUACCGCGCCAGGGGCCAAGUUUGAUUUCCCUCCGACACUUCGGAUCAUACUUCUCCGCCGCAUCUCAGGGGUGGACGAGAUGGAAAACGGGACAUCUUCUGGGAUGUCCGAUGACGUGGAGGCGCUGUGGGAGACAGUGGAGAGCAAACGCUAUGAGCUGUGUCGCACCAUCUCCCCAGCAAAGCUCACUCCCUACCUCCGUCAGUGCAAAGUCCUGGAUGAGCAGGACGAGGAUGAGAUUCUCAACUCCAUGCUGCUGGUCUCCAAAGCAAACCGCACAAGCCGUCUACUUGACAUCCUCCACACUAAAGGAGAGCGGGGAUAUGUGGCAUUUCUGGAGAGUCUAGAGUUUUACUACACUGACCUGUACAAGCUGGUCACUGGGAAGGAACCAACACGACGCUUCUCCACCAUCGUAGUGGAGGAGGGUCAUGAGGGCUUGACCCAGUUUCUGAUGAAUGAAGUGGUCAAGCUGCAGCAGCAGUCCAAAGUCAAGACCCUGCAGCACGUUGAGCUGAGCAGGAGGAACUGCACGCUGGAGGAUGAGCAGAAGAAGCUACGACUGGCCAAUCAGGAGCUCCAGGCCUUCCAACAGAGAUACAAUAAGUUGAGAGAGGAGAGAAACACCUGCAGCGAUGAGCUGCUGAGAGUGAAGGAUGAAAACUACAAGCUGGCCAUGAGAUACGCCACACUCAGUGAGGAGAAGAACAUGGCGGUGAUGAGGAGCCGAGAUCUGCAGUUAGAGAUUGAUCAGCUGAAGCACAGGCUGAACAAGGUGGAGGAAGAGUGUAAGAUGGAGAGGAGGCAGAGUCUCAAGCUGAAGAACGACAUUGAGAACCGGCCAAAGAGAGAGCAGAUCUUUGAGCUGGAGAGAGAGAAUGAGAUGCUCAAGAUCAAGCUACAGGAGCUACAGUCAAUCAUACAGCCUGGUCCCCUACCUGCAUCAGACAAGGCCAUCCUUGACAUUUUAGAGCAUGACAGACAGGAAGCACUAGAAGAUAGACAGGAUCUGGUCAACCGUCUCUACAACCUGCAUGAAGAAGUCCGACAGGCAGAGGAACUACGAGAUAAGUAUCUGGAGGAGAAAGAGGAUCUGGAGUUGAAGUGCUCUACCCUGCAGAAAGACUGUGAGAUGUAUCGAAAUCGCAUGGACACCAUCACCAUACAACUGGAGGAGGUGGAGAAGGAGCGGGAUCAGGCGUUUCGAGCCAGAGACGAGGCCCAGCACCAAUUCUCCCAGAGUCUGAUUGACAAAGACAAAUAUCGUAAGCAGAUCAGAGAGCUGGAGGAGAAGAGCGAUGAGCUACAAAUUGAGAUUGUGCGCAAAGAGGCCAAGCUGGUCACCCUGGAGUCUCGUCUACGACGGAUGUCCAAGGACAGUGUUUUGGACCAGGUUACACAGAGAACACAAAGUCUGCCCAGGGACCUGCCUCCGACCAUCAUCUCUGAGGGGGAAGAGUUUAAACCUGUCCAGGGCCAAUCAGAAUGGUCCAGUGAUGAGUCGCCAGAGGAGAAGUUUUUAGCUGAGGAUAAACCUUUGCCACGCAUCAAACGCAGACCUAACCUAAAAGCAGGGCUCAGAGUUAAGUCUCCAGUUUGUGUACCCAAAGACAGUCAAGCCAACUCAGAGGCUGCCCACUCUGCAGUCAACGGAGGAGAUUUCCUAGAGAUUCAGACUGCAAACCGGCGCCUCAACAGCAACUCCCUCCCUUCCUCCCCCAGCUUCCCCAUUUCCCCCACAUAUCCCCCCUGCUCAGCUCCCCCGCUCUCCUCCUCCUGUCCCUUUCCCUCACCACUUCCUCACAACAUGGAGCCGGGCACCAGGGCAAAUAUGCUGCGUUACCGUAACGACAGCAUCCUGUCCACACUACCUGAACCACCUGAGACAGGAUCCUUGUACCGCAGAGAGAGGGAGAAGGAACAUGACUUCCAGCCCCGCAGCCUCAUGGACUUUGAUAGUGACAACAUGGAAAUGGAGUUCGGGGAUGAGCGUGGACCUCCUUCAGUCCACUCAUCCUCCUCCUCCCAUCAGUCAGAGGGAAUGGACACUUAUGACCUGGAGCAGGUCAACAACAUCUUCAGGAAACUCUCUUUGGAGAGGCCGUUCCGUCCGUCUCUGUCCUCCUUCUCUAGGAUCAGUGCGUCCCUGAAGCCGGUGCAGGAGCUGUCGUUGUCAGGCGACAACCUUUUGAAGGAUAUCACUCUGGUCGGAGGCAAUGACAGCGGGAUUUUCAUCUCAGCCGUCCAGUCUGGUUCCAUUGCUGAGAAGGCAGGGCUGCGAGAGGGUCACCACCUGCCUCUUGAGGGUUGUGUACGUGGGGAGAACCAAAGCAUUUCAUUGGAUACCAGCACUCAGGAAGAGGCCCACUGGACGCUGCAGCACUGCUCUGGACCAGUCCGGCUGCACUAUCGAGCCAACUUUGAUGCUUACCGUCGUCUUCAGAGGGACGUGGCAGAUGGCACGCUGGUUUCUGGCGACUCCUUCUACAUACGGGUCAAUCUCAACAUCUCUGGGCAGUCAGACAGCUGCUCUUUGAGUGUGCACUGUGACGAGGUGGUGCAUGUCCUAGACACCAGGCACCAGGGCCGCUGUGAGUGGCUUUGCGCCCGUGUUGACCCCUACACUGGCUCCGACCUGGGCGAGAGGGGCACCAUACCCAGCAACUCACGGGCCCAACAGCUGCUCCUGGUAAAGAUUCAGAAGUUUGUGUGUCGAGGGGGGAAAGAAGAAACUGAAAACUACCGCAACAGCAGGAGCAAUUUACAGCCAGAAGAAGCCAGCCCCUUGCCUGAUCCUAAAGCCAGUCCACGCUUGUCAAGAGCUAGCAUCUUCCUCACUCAGAUACUACAGUUUGUCAGCAGAGUGGAUAUCAAGUACAAGCGAAUGAACAGCAAUGAGCGUGUGAGGAUCAUCAAUGCAGGCAGCACAACACUAUCCAGACAAGGCUUUGAGACGCUCAGACGAGAGGAUGCUGCUGACCCAGACAAUGAGCUGAGCAGGGGAUUGAACCUGAUUCCCUACAGUCCCGUCACCCCCCAGAGGACCCAGAGGAGAAGACCGGUCCUAUUCACUCCCACCGCUCUGGCCAAAACCAUUAUCCAGAAAAUACUCAACAUGGGAGGAGCCAUGGACUUCAACAUCUGCAAACCAGAUACACUGUCCAAAGAGGAGUUUCAUCUCAAACAGAAUGUGGAGCCCUUUAUUCACUACAAAGAGAAACAGGCCACAUUUGAAUGCAUCACCCGAGAAAACAUAGAGGCUGUUGCCACCAAGGGCAAACACUGCUUGCUGGAGGCUGAGCUGAGUUGCGUCAAAGACCUAUUACGGAGAGAAAUCUACCCGAUCAUCAUCCACGUCAAGAUUUGUGAGAAAAAUGUCAAGAAGUUACGGAAGUUGUCUCUGCGCAUGGAGUUGGAGGAGGAGUUUAUGAAAUCAUAUCGGUCAACGGAGAAGGAGCUGGAGGGCAUUCCCUGCCUCUACGCCAGCCUGGAGCCUGACGCCUGGGCAGGCACGGACGACCUCAUCAGGGUCAUCAAAGACCGAAUCCUAGAGGAGCAGAGGAAGACGGUCUGGGUGGAGCAGGACCUCCUGUAGACAAACACACACAGACAAACACAACGGCCUGUAAAUGAAAACAAAUGUAUGUAGCUGAGCACCAUAAAACACAUUAAAAAACAACCUUGUACAUGAUGCUUUUAUGCAGAUUACGGUAUAUUUAUGCUCAGACUCAGUAACGGACACUGAAAUUGUUUUUGACUUAAUAUAAAUGCAUUAUAUAUUUUGUAAAUGUGUGCCUUUUCUUUUGAGAAAUAAACAGAUUGAGAACAAUUUCUUAAAAGCA